GCCUGACUGGGGCUGGAAGAUGGCAUCCGGUUCGGUGUUCCUUUCCAGCAUGGUGGGGAAAGCUCGCUCCUCAAACUUCACCCUCUCGGAGAAGCUGGACCUGUUGAAGCUCGUCCGGCCUCACGUCCGCAUCCUGGAGGAACACACCAACAAACACGCAGUCAUUGUGGACAAGAACAAGUGCUGGGACACUGUGGCGGAGCAGUACAAUGCCCUGGGGGGCGACAGGCCCCACCGCACAGCUCAGGGCCUCAGAACUCUUUACAAGAGACUGAAGGAGUCAGCCAAACAGGAAGUGAUGCAACAGAGGCACGCCCAGCCGGAAUACAGAGCCAGCAUCUCAGAGCCAACCAAGAGAGUAAUGGAGAUGAUCCCUCACCUGUUUCAGCAUGUGCCCAUCCACGAAAAGGACCUGGCUCUGCGCAGAUUAUUAUACAGUAAGCACCCAUCUCCCAUCGAGCCUCCUGGCAGCAGCGUUUCCCUGGCUGGUCCUCAGGACUACUCAGCAGCUGUCCCCACCAUACCCCAUGAGGUGGUCCAUCUGGACACCGAAGAUGAUGUAAAACCCCCUCCAGAUCUCCCACUCCCAUCCACGCACGAAGAGCUGCGGCUGGAGGCGGCCCCGGAGCUGAUGGGAGAACAGCAUGCGGACAGCAUCCGGGAUUACGAUGCAUCCUCGUCUCCCGCCCCUUCGUCUGUCAACAUCCCCCUCUCUGCCUCGCCGCUGUCUUUACACCACGACUUCUACCCCAACAACAUCUACCCAAACAAUGUCUACCCUCAUCACGAGUCCGAGCGCUUCCGCCCUUUGCACCUGGCCAAAGAGGAGCACGAAUUGGUGCUAGCCAAUCACAGGAAGGUGGCAAUGUACCUUGAGGAGAAGAGGGAGGGGCUCAAGAGGAAGCAACAGUUGGAGGAGGAACUUUUGAGGGCCAAGAUCAAAGUGGAGAAGCUGAAGGUGGCCCGACUUCGACAUGGGCUGCCCGUCCCUCUUUAGCAAGAAGGAACAUGUUGAUCUGAGGCAGGGCCUGGAACGUGAGAUAACAGAUCCACUUCAACCACUUCAGUAUCAGAGUAUUUGACAUUGAUUUUGUCAAAGGUAUUGGAAGGCUAGAAAAUACCACUUUUUAGUACCCUAUCACAGUGAUACAGUCCCUAAAGCGUUUCGAUAGACAGACUGCAGUCCAAGGAGGGGUCAUACUCAUAACAGAAUAUUAAUUUUUGUGCUAAAAUGGAAAGAGAAAGAGCAGAAAAAAUACGCCAAUAACGCCUUGAGAAAAAAAACACAAAAUUCCGC